UCGCGAGAGAGAAUCUAUUAUACCGUGUAGUAUACUCCGCGCUGCGGAAAUCCGUUAACGACCGUUUUUGCAGCGCAGCUAUACCUGCGCGUCCCGUGCUCCGUUCGAUCUUACGUCCGCGGGAUGCGACAGUACUAACACACAAAAGGGCGACAGGACGAAGGGAGAAAGUUGAGUGAAGCGAAGAGUGCGAUCGCUACCUGCGCGCUGCCUGCAAAUAUUUCUCCGCCGCGUUAUUCGUAUACUUACACACAAAAGUGCGUGAGUGUGUGCGAGUUCGGAGUCGACGCUGUGCGUGUUGCCUGCACACGUAAUAUAUAUAUAUAUAUAUACAUACACGUGCAGAGUUGCGCGGGCCGCAGUCUGUAUACUGCACCUCCUAUAGCAUUAUCAUUAUUAUCUGUAGGUGUGCGCGCGCGGAGUGUCUGCGCGAGCAGCCGUAGAACCAGCGGCAGUAGCGCAAAGAUGGCAACUGUUCCUCGAGUGCAACCGAAAGCCGAUCAACGGAAGCUUCGGUGCAUCUUCCCUGUCGCCGUCUGACAGCGCGAUGCUGGAUCACUAAAGCGCGUCUGUUGUUGUUGUUGUUGUCGCCAACGGCUCGGCUCGGAGUCUCCAGCACACAGUGUGCGAGACGGCAGGACAGAUCGCAUCAGUCGCGCGCGCGCGCGCACGCGGAUAAUGACGUACUCGUCGAGGAUAUAGGACACAAGCUGGUGUGCGUGAGCAGAAUCGGGCUUUUUCCGGGCACGAACGACCUAUCAACGCUGCUGUUGCCUUUUUCCACCCGCUGAUUCUACACUGGUUCUCUGUUCUUUAAAUUUUAUGAAAUGUUUUGGGAAAGUGAAAGUUCAUCUAACGACGGCACAAUGGAGGACUGGAAUAAGAUCUUGAUUGGUCCUGCUGAGAUUAUAAAAGACCGACUCUACUUUGUCACUGUGACAUCCCCACACAAGGCCAAAAAUACAGCAAACACUCAUUAUUUUAGUAUUGACAAUGAGCUGAUCUACGAAAACUUUUAUGCGGAUUUUGGACCACUCAAUCUCGCAAUGGUCUAUCGUUACUGUCAAAAAGUUGACAAGAAACUAAAGGCUGUGUCUUUAUGUAAAAAAAGAAUUGUUCAUUACACAACAAUGGAUAAUGAAAAGCGAGUGAAUGCAGCUUUUCUCAUUGCUUGUUAUGCGAUAAUAUACCUAAAACGUACUGCUGAAGAAGCCUACAAAUGUCUAACUGCUAGUCCAAACUGUCCAACUUUUCAAAUGUUCCGUGAUGCUUCAAUGGGAGAACCUUGCUAUCAAAUAUCACUGCAAGAUUGUCUAAGUGCAAUCUACAAAUGCCACCAGCUUGGCUUUUUUGACUUUCAUGACUUUAAUCUCAAAGAAUAUGAACACUUUGAACGUGUUGAAAAUGGUGAUUUGAAUUGGAUCCUUCCAGGAAAAUUUAUUGCCUUUUGUGGGCCACACUCGAAUAACCAAUUUGAAUUUGGUUACAUGCUGCAUGCUCCAGAAUCGUAUUUUAAGUAUUUCAGACGACAUAAUGUAACUACUAUUGUAAGGCUCAACAAAAAACGCUACGAUGCUGCGAGCUUUGUAGAGGCAGGCUUUGAUCAUAAAGAUUUAUUUUUUGUCGACGGCUCGCCACCGACACUAUCGAUAGUACGACAGUUCUUAAAAAUUUCUGAAAAGACUAACGGAGCCGUUGCCGUCCAUUGCAAGGCUGGACUCGGAAGGACUGGUACUUUGAUAGCUUGUUAUAUAAUGAAACAUUAUCACUUAUCGGCGUUAGAAGCUAUCGCUUGGAUACGAAUUUGCAGACCUGGAUCUGUGAUUGGACAUCAGCAACAAUGGCUGGAAGAAAAAGAAGAAUACCUACAUUCUUUAAUCAGUGAACCUCUGUGUUCGGAAAACGGUAACCCAGUGCACAAAUAUGGAAUUUACUCAAAAGCAGCUACUGGGCUUGAUACAUCCUUGGCUGGACCAAGGAAUUCUCGUCCUCUGCAGGACAACGUAUCAGGCAUUAUGCACAGAGUGGACGGAAUUAGACUUGAAGAUAAUAAUAUUCCGACGACUCCAAAAACCCCUGUGAGAUUGUCAAUUUUAACUCAAGGUGAUAAACUGAAUCAAAUCAAAGCUAGGAGAACUCUGUCUCCUAACUCCCACACUGGUGGAAAUUCUACAACCUCUGUACCUGUAGUGCAUCCAUACUUGGGACCCUUACUGCAGAGCAGAAGUCAAAAAGGUAUUGGCUCCCUUAUUGCAGCCAAAGAUAAGGACGGCACAAAGCGCGUCAUAACUCGUUCAGCCUCCACGAAUAUCAUCAAAAGAAACAGCAGCGAGCCGACUUCCUGUCGGCGUCGCAUUCCCAAACCAACCUUUGUUCUGGCCCGCAACUCCAACCACCACCACCACCACCACCACGACAACAACAAUACAAGCACGACCACCACAACCCACCUCGAUCUCGACAAUACAACCACCGCCACCACCACCAUCACAACUACAACAAGUACAACCACCGGUACAGCGUCAGCUCCGAUUUUAUCCGCUUCCAAGCCGUCGCUAACGCGAGCCAGCUGCACGACUCUACCGGCGACGAGUAGCCGGCUCACCUCGACCUCCUCCUCGUCGGCGUCUCGCAGUAGGCUGCACUCGCAACUCUGGUAUCUCAGGCAAAAGAGCGCCGCCCUGGAGAGCGACAGAUCUACGACCGCGACUCAUCAGCUGCGCGCCAAGUCCAAACCCUCGCACAAUGCGGCCGAGGCUUCUUCCUCCGAGCUGAACAGGCUCGAGGAGCAGCAACAAACCGAAGCCGCUCCUACGGAGAGCAACAGUGCGCCGGCGAAGCCGCUGACAAGAAGCAGCCUCAGGAGCACGAGUCGCGCUGGCUCGCGACCUAGUGCAGCUGCGGAUAACAAUAACUUGACCGGGACGCGAGCUUCGACACAGCCGACGGCCACGACGAGGUCAGCCGCUACAGCCGAGCGGAUCACCCGACACCACUCGCUCAGGCAUGCGCGCACGUCAAAAAGUUACAAAAAAGCAAUUAUCAGAUGACUAACCGAUAUUCUCAGUGGCACCGGGACGCCGGAGGCCGUCGGUGGCGGCCCCGCUGUCGCAGCCCGUGUCUCCCAGCAGCGGCGCCGCUCCCACCGCGUCAAUCCCAUCAUCCAGUAGGGCCGCUCUCACCUCUCUGUCUAUCGUCGUCCGUCCGAUUUCGUCAUCGACGCACCAAUACUACUCGAUUGCACACUUCGAUUCACCAUCGGCCGUUGAUGCACGACCAAGACCUGCUACGGGGACGGGACCGUUCACGAGGAUUACCAUGCGAAGAGGGCUCUCGUAUACGCGUAGAUAGACAGCACCUCGCACAUGCACGCAUCCGUGGAUCAAAAUGAUGAUGAUGAUGAUGAUGAUGAUGAUGAUGAUGAUGAUGAUGCGGAGGAUGGAAUUGAGAUUGAGGCUUUUGCUGGGCGGUUUCGUUUUAACGUAAUCUCUUUCUUUCAUUUUUCGAGUUUAUGAUCUUCUGUGCGUUCUGUCAAAGUUAUAGAUAAAGUCUUUUUUUCUUGAUUUAUAUUUCCGUUUAUCGAAAAUCAAGUUUGAUUUCAAUAAUUUAUGAUUAUUCUUAAAGUUUCUUGCAUCUGAAGUAAUUUAUACAAAAGUUAGUUGUCCGUUCUUUUUCCAAGGCGAACCGUUCAAAGAGCCACUCGAUCGAAUUCCUUCGUUAAAUAAGUAUAACACUCGCUAAAAAUGAAACAACGAAAAGACCCGAAAACGGUACUAACGGUGAUCGGGGAAGUUCCACUCCAAUGUUUUAACACUUCAAUGUUCUAAAGGGUGGGUAGAGAUUUCUUAAAGUAUACCUAUAUAUAUAUACAUCAAUGAGCGAGGUCUUUGACGGACAGUGUUUCAGUGGCACAAAGUCUUUUGAUAAACGCCGAUGAUGCUGUUGCUGUCGAGCAUUGAUACUAUCAUACAAUCGUGGCUUUUUCGAUAUCCGAGAGAAAAUUGUGUACAAUUGCGUUGAAUCGAUGUAUUUAUUUUUUCUGAUUAUGGUAUCCCAAUGCAAUAAAGACCGUCCAAGGAAAAGUAUAUUUUGUCCGAUUUUUCCGUUUAAUCGUGCUAGUGUGUUUUGCCAAUCUGUAUAUUUGUGUUGUAGAAACGCAUAAUUGAAUCACUGAUACAUAUACGUUAUAUGUAUGCGGUAGUGAAAAGCAAUUAGUGAUGAAAUUUAUAAGAGUAAAGGUAAAAUUUUGUCCCGAUACAAAUGAUUUAGCGAUUAUUUAUUUAUUAUUAUGCACCGUUGUUUAUUAUAGAUAAUUAAUAUAUUAUGUAUUAUUUCGCCGUGUAUAAUUGUGGGACAAAAAAUUAUAUAUAAGUGAUUAGCAUACGUAUAAUUGUACAUAAUUUUAUUUUUCGGAAGCAUCGAAAUAUAAUUUUAGAAGUUUGUGCGUUUGUGUGCAUUCUUCUCCAGAAUUUGUAAUUUUCAACAAUCCGUACGUAAAGUGCCAAUCGUACGCGCGCAAGCGUACGCAAAAUUGGAGUGUGAUUGUCUACCUUGCUUCGCUCAAGCUGUACAACCUCACACUCGUUCGAGAAUCACCUGUUUUGCACUAGUUUCGAGAACUACUACUAUAUAUUUAGCGUUUACAGAAGCUAUUAUAUCAACAAAUAAAAUACGUUCACUUUUAGUUGCAGUUAUUAAAAUCUAUGAAGAUAUAUUGUAUUUCGUAGAAAGACGAAAAACGGAUUUAUAAUUCAGACAUUUUUAAUUUGAAGAAUGUUGAUAAAUAUAACUAUUUAUGUUUUAUAGUAUAUCAUAAGUUAGUUGUUAACUGUUUUGCACAUUUUCUUAGAAUAAACGCAUUGUAAAAAUGUCUGAAUGAAAUUCCACAAAAAUUCUCCAAUUAUUAUUGCAUCCGCUGCUUAUAGUGAAAAUUGUUUGGAAGUACAUAUAUCAAAAACGCACAGACGCGAUCUAAUAGGAAGAUGUAUACGGGUUUCUUUAAAAUGAAAGAGCUGAUUCAAACAUCUUCUACUGAUAUUCAAAAUUGUACGUGCUAUUUAAUCUAAUGGCCUAAGAAUUUUUCAGUAUACAUGUUUUUGAAUCGUUUUACUGAAGACUGCACUGAACGAUUUCUGUAGCUCUUGCUUAAAUUUGAGUAUUGACUGAAACACAGACGUUUAAACCUUAAUGUCAAGCUUGUAAGAUAACUUUUGAAACUUCAAAAUCUUAUAGCAGGUAACGCAAAAGUUGUCAGAGUUAGAUUUCGUAAAAUUUGUCACUGUAACUUACAUUUUCUUUUUUUUUUCAAAUAACAAAUGUUGAUAUCAAAUUAGUUAUUAAUAAGAGCUAACGUUAUCAAGCAAUUAAGAGUGAUAUCGUUACUCUUUUUACUCACAUUUGCUAUGUUAUUCCAUCGAAAAAAAUGUAUAUUUAUGAUGUACAAGAUAUGUAUCUACUCCUAGUGAUCUUUUUGAGAAUGAAUGACAAUCUUGGAAUUUGUAUAUGUAAUUUUAUAGACUAAUUUUACGAAUACUUACUAUUUGUUUUUAUAAACAAAGGUUAGACAUCAUCAAAUAUCCUUUUUGCGAUACAAGUGUUGAUCAAAUGAAAUAAAUCAAAUAAAAUUUAUAAUUAUAGUACUAUAAAAUUAUUAUAUGAAGAAAAGAGAAAGAGAGUAGAGGUUUGUUUCAUACAAAACUGAAUCAUGUUAUAUUUAAUUUUGUAAACAUACUGAGCAUUUACAAAGCGAGAAUUUCAUAUUAAAUAUUAUGUCUAAAAUUAGAAUAAAAGCGCAUAUAUACAUAUAUUAUAUAUAUAUACUUUAAUACGCAUAAAAUAUCUAGUUUUUUUUUUAAAGAUAUAAUACGUAAUACUUGUUAGACUCUGUACACUCAUCAUUUUGUUUUAAAUAUGCGAUAAAUGUCGGUCUUCCUGGCAUGAUAAGUAAAAUGUAUGUACAUAAGUAAAAAAAUGUGUAGAAGGUUUAUGUACGCAAGUCCUCUUUUAUAAGUAUAUGUAUUGAAAUGUUGGUAUUUUUUCUGUAAGUAACUGUGGACACAUGCAUAGAUGGGCUUUGCAAAAUUAAAGCUUUGAAAUGAUA